AUGCCAGUCAAGGUAGACGAGGGUGAUGAUCAUCGUGGUGCUUCGGGGCGGCUGGAUCCUGAUAUCACAGGGUUGGGACUCGAUGUCCUUGACUCCCGGCCACGGAGUCGCUCUGCAUCGCCGCCUGCCUCGGAGAAGACCGCCAACCCCGCGCCCACGUCGCAAAGUAGACCAACUUCCCCUGAAUUGGCCCGGUCCCAGGAAGAGAACCAAGGCCAACGAUCUCGGCGGUCGUCUGUGUUGCGGUCAACCGAGUCACCUACUGCCGUGCCACUGCACUUCCGUCGACCACCAACGUCACCUCGAGCGAAUCGGUCUCCUUCCGUUUCUUCGGUCGUCGCUCCUUCCCCUGGCUCUCCGACACAGGGUCGCCGCCGCCCAGCUUCUACCGAGUUCAAGAAUUCUCGUGAAAUCCGGCCCUUGUGGCUCGUUGAGCGCUUUGGUGCUAGCAAGUCGGAGGCUCCCUCCGAUGAGCCCCUCCCUUCAUUGCCUUCGAGCAAGACUUCUUCAGCAAACGCGUCUGUGGAAGACCUCGCAGCUCUGCCAGAUGUGAAGAAGUGGGAAAUGGUUGACCUGAGCGAACACGUUCAGGGACCGCCCCGGGCUAUGGCUGUAGAGACCUCUGCUGCACAGAACCAAUCAAGCGAUGAGGGCUCGUAUGAUUUCCUCGAUUCUCAACAAGGUACUCCGACCGCCGCUUCGUUCGGUCAAAUUCCUCACCAUCCUCCUUCCAGGAAGGAGAAGCUUAAAUACGAGUUCCAUUCGCCCUCCGAGCUUCUGCAGGAUGUCAGCGUGCACCAGGAGUUGCCACCAUCCCCAGAAAUUGGCCCCCUUCCCUCAGCAGAAGGUUCUGCAGUUGGUGUGAAAGAAGAUAUUGGAAGUGAGCGCGUGGAGGCUCUCCCAUCACUUCCUGAAGUACGCCCGUCUACGCCUGAAGACAGAGUGCUCCAUGGCGAAGGUGUGGCAGAAACUACACCAACACAGACAAGAGAUGAUUUUGCAAAGUACGAACCCAUGACUGAUGUGCUAUCUGGAGGUGAUGCUGGUACAGGCGAUGAUAGUCCACUCGACUCUCAGCGCUCCGCAGAGCAGAUUACUCCAGAGAAGGACCAAACUCUCGAGGAAGGCGAUCACAAUGCCAAAGCUGCUGCAAGUGAAGACCUUCCGGUCCAGAUCCCUACCUCAGAUCUCCUGACGUCAGAGAAAGAUCGAUCGAUUCAGUCGGCCCAACGGAACACACCUGUAGACGUUGCGGCUAUGGUCAGCACGGCCGUGGCAGCCGUUGCUGGUUCUGUCCUGGGCAAGCCAGACCAAACUGAGGAACCACAAGCUCGCGAAAUUGAUCAUGCCAAAAACGAGAUGAGUCUGCCUGAGGAGCCAGGCAACUUCCAGGUUGAUUUCACCUCAAAGGAAGCAGGUUCCACGCCCAUUAUUACUGGCACAGAUUCUCAAGCCGUGCCUGAGAAUGUCGCACCUGCCCUGAUCGUUGAUGAACCUGUUCAAGGAAAGGCGGAUGUCGAUACGACUUCCACCGCCGUAAAUGCUGGAGCAGAAACGGAGGAGCACAAUCCGGAACAAGUCAAUGCCGGGGAUGUGGCAGAUGCUAGUCACCCGGUGCCUGAAUAUGCUAGCAAGGCCUUGGACGACAUUGUUGACAUUGCGGCAGAGCCACACGUUGAGAUUGAGGGACAAGAGAAAUCCGCGCCACGUGAGGAAGCUGUUGUGGAGAGUCCGGAGCUGGUGGCCACAGACGAGACCAGGGUUGCUGACCAGGAGAUCGCUAUUCAGUCUGAAGAAACCCAGGUGGAUGUAUUACAAUCCUGUGAAGACUCAUCAGAGGCUAAACAGGAACCGGUGGAGGCUGCUACAGGAGACGUCACGGAAAACCAUGAACCUACUCCCGCCGACACUGAAAAGAAUGCUGGUGAGCCCACACAGGAUCAACCCGAAGGACUAGGCGCCAGUGGGCCUGAGGCGAUAUCCGUCCAGGAUACUCCCGUCGAGGCGAAGGAGCCGGAGGGAGAAAGGGCUCUUGUGGAGACAGAAAUUUCUCAGGAAGUGCCAGUAAGCGACUUCGCUGGACCUACUGAGGGCGAAAAAGAGCCAUCCCUAUCUGAGAAGGCUCCUGAAAACGAGCAUCAGGAGCCGGAACCUAUCAAGACCGACAAUACUCUCCUCAGCUCGGAUCCCGCGGCCGAAGCCGCAGGUGACGCUACGAACGAGCCCCUCGAUAAAGAAACCGAAGAGCCUGUCGCUGAUGUAUCUACGUCUUCGACGUCGAAAAAGAAGAAAAAUAAGAAGAAGAAGAAGAAGGGCAAGAGCGUUGACCUAGGCACUCCCGAGACUACCCCAGCUUCGGAUGAGCCAACUACAUCCCAGGAGGAACAGAAUGGGCAGAAUUCUACUGAACCUGCGCUAUCUGAGCAGGUGCCAGAGUCCACAGUUCAGGAGCUAGGACCGGUUGAGCCUGCUGCUGCUAUCGACGAGAUAGCCACCGAGACGGCGCCUUUACCUACCGCAGCUGAGGCUGACCCAGAGCCCAGCUUCCAAGAAACAGCACCCGCCGAGCACCCUACGGUGACCGCAGAAUCGACAGGGGAAGUUGCACUUGAGCCUAGAGAUGAUGAGAAGCUAGUGGAGAUAGAGACAAAAGAGCCAUUUCCAGCGGAACAACCUGCUUUAACCGAAGCGCCUGCUGCGGAAAGUGAGGAGCAAAUCGAGCCCACAUCUCAAGAAGUGCCUACUCCUGGUGACACUUCAAUCACCGGUGAAGCUUCAGCAGAGAUCAAUAAGCCAACCGAGCAGGGCGCCCAAGAGCCGCAACUGGCGGAUCAAAUCAUACCUGAGGAGUCAGAAGUGAAGACGGAAGGAAUGGACGAUGUCAACCGAGACAUUUCAGCCCCCGAACAACCUGCUGCGAAUAUGCCUCAAGAUACGCCUGCCGCGGAAGAACCAAGCACUCUACAAGAAGAAACUGUAAUAGACCAGCCUAAGGCAGAAGAGACCCCUGCAGUUCCCGAACCACAGCCUGAGGUUGAAGCAGCACCUCCUGCUGACGCCGCAGAGUCUGCGGACGCACCAGGGUCCUCUAAAAAGGCCAAGAAAAAGAAGAAGAAGAAGAGUAAAGGUGCAUCUCAAGACUUGACCGCAGAAGAGGCUGUUAAUGCCGAAGACACUAAGCCUUCCGAAGAUUCUACGGCUGUUCAAGACAACACCGAGGUUACUAAAGCAUCUGCGGGCCUAGAGGCAGCUCAACUAGCUGAGGAGGCUGUCGUUAAGCAGGCGGCAGACACGAGCGAACAACCCCAGGAAAUCGAGAUGAAGACACCUCUCGAGGACGACGCUACGGACAACCAGGCCAAGCCAAGUGACGAGGCAGCGGCAACUACUACGGGUAUAGAAGAUAGUGAGCCCUCCGAGAAGGGUGCCAAACUUGCAAACGAGGAGACUAGUCAGGCUACGGCAGCUGAACCGGACGUGCCUACAGUGGCUGAUGUGCCCGAAACCUCACCGGCCGACAAUAUCCCCCGCCAUGCCACAGAAUCUACGGAGGAUGCCAAUAACUCCCAGUUGCAUGAGGAAACUACAGCACCUACUGAGCCUGUUUCUGCUCCUAUGGCGAGCCAUGAUGACUCUGCAGAUGUUGUGCAGUCGGAAGAGAAUGAGGCGUCGGCUUUGGAGCAUCAGCCUGAGGAGACACCUAAGGCUGAGGGUACAAUUACAAUACCGGAAGAAACUUCGCAGGAGCUCACCAUGGCGAACGAAGCCAUUGAGUCAGAGCCUGUUGAGUUCGAGAAAGUAACAGAGCAGCUGCAAAUGGACGAAAACCUAGAAGCCAAUACCCAGGCGCAGGAGAAAGAACAGCCGUCCGAGGGUCAGGAAGAAAAAGACGUCCCAGCGACCGGACCCGAGCUGCAGAAGAACGACACGGAAUUCGCGGACUUACCUGCUGCCAAUUCAGCGAAAACAAUUCCCGAGCCAGCUAUACCCGAAGAUAAUUCUCAGGAAGCCAUUGAGGAACCAGAUACUUCUCUGUCACGCAAAAGUAGCAAAAAGAAGAAGAAGAACAAGCGCAAGAGCGCUGCCGCAACUUCACUAGAGACAGAGCCGACCGAGAAUUCCCAGCCAGCCUCUUCGGCUGAAGCUGCUCCCGAAGCUCAACCUGCUACGGAAUCUGCGCUUGCUCCUGAGGACGUGGCUGUUGUUGACACUGGGGCUGCCCUCGAAACCGAAUCUGCCCUAGAACCUGAAGUUGCAGCUGAGGUUGAAGCUACUCCCGAAACCGAAGCUGCUCCGGAGCCUGAAAUUGCUCCUGAGACUGAGGCCGCGACCGCGAGUGAAACAGUGCUCCAUACAACUCUGGCUGGUGAAGAGCCCCCCGAGUGGAAGCUUCCAGAUGAGGCUGGCGACGAAAUCAAAGAAUUGUCAAGCCAUGUUGCGGAAACCGAAAGCAAUGAAUUGAAGCUUUCUGAGGGAGAACAGCCUGAGACAGGCGACUUGGCUGGGGAAACUCGAGAGCUUCAACCGGAAGAGACAGUAGAGGAGCAGCCGAAGAAGAAGAACAAGAAGAAGAAGAAAAAUCGCAAAUCUUCCGCCCUGGACGAAACCGAAGCUGAGCCUGAGCCUGAGCCCGAAGCUGAGCCUAAUCAGCCCGAACCCAGUCAAGAAGACUCCGCCGAGCCCCCGCUCCUCCAAACAAGCGGUGAGCUGCCAUCCGCCGCCCAGCAAAAUAAUGAGGCUUCCGAGGUUGUUAUAGCGGAGCCCCUCGCCGAUGCCACUGUUAGCGACUCAACCCUGCCGGUGGAGCAGACCGAGACCAAUGAUGAGGCACCACAUGUGCCCGAUCAAUCGGCGGUCGAGCCGGCUCCUGAACUCGACCCUGAAUCUGAAGCGGGGAGCUCUACACCGACUGGAAAAAAGAGCAAGAAGAACAAGAAGAAGAAGAGACAAAGCCUGCCUGCGACGCCUGACGAGAGCCUCGCACCUGUCGAGCCUCCCCUAGACAACACUGACCCUACGGUUGAACCAGCGGAAGUUCCCGUCGCUGCCGAAGGUUCCGGCCCCACAGAGCACGAGCAAGAACAACAAGAGGCAGUUCAAGAGACAGAACCCAUCGACACAAUUGAGGCCUCUGUAGAGCAAACCACUGAAGCACCGCCCAUGACUGCUGCUCAGAGGAAGAAGGCGAAGAAGGAAAAGAAGAAGCAGCAGAAGCAGCAGGCCGAAACCGCUGACAUUACGUCGGCGCCCGAACCAGAAGCUGUGGCCGUGCCCGAGGAUGCUCCACCAGAAGACCCAGCUGUCGAGGAGCCAAAGUCUCUGGAUGGAAAAGUGGAUCUUCCGACGAACGAAAACUUAGAGGCAAGCGAAGGGCCCCCUUUAGAGCAGUCUAAGGAAGCCCCUACUGAAGAAGAGUCUCCCGCCAUUGCAGUCGAAAAGUCGCAGAGCGAUUUGGCUCAAGAUGCAACCGUACCUUCUGAAGAUGCCGUACUGGAGAAUACGGAGUCUGCAGACGCUGCAGAAAACCAGCAUCACGACGGAACUUUCACCGAUGCUGAGCCAGAAAAUUCAGCGGAUGGCGUAUCGAAAUCUGAAGCUACUUCUACAGAGGAGCAAACUCAGGAUGACGCUGAGAGGAACAAUACCGAUGAGGUGACUGCAACUGAGACAGAGGCUCCAGCAACAGAAACCGCGGAUGCCGUUCAUCAAGCGCCUCAAGGCGACGAGCCAUCAAAGGAAAAUGCCGAGCUCACCGACUUACCAGAAGAGCAGCCCGAGCCCAAGAACGAUGGACCCGUAUCUGAAGCAGAUGCGGCACAAGAAGGCCAGACAAGCAUGGCUGAUACUGCUGAAAAUGGUGCUCCGAUCGAGAAGAAUAUCGAAGCAGAAACAGCAGCCAUUGGAGCUACCGUAUCAAAGGAUGAUGUCUCUACAAGCGUAGAGGCCUCUGAAGAAUGGUCUCCAGCGGAACUGGCUGCUAGCGUUGACAUUUCGGAGCAAGGCAGAGCCGACCAAGAUACAGCUGCUGACGCGGGCCACGAAGAACCGGUUCAAGAAGAAAUCCAGCCUACAUCUUCUACCAAAUCAAAGAAAGAUAAGAAAAAGAAGAAGAAGCGUCAGUCAGUCACUCUUGAUGAGUCCCAGCCUGCACUCGCGCAAGGGGAUGAGAGCAACGAAACCUCACUUGAGGCAGGCAGCGGGCCUACUGACACUCCCGAGGACAUCAGUAACUCUGCUGUGACCGAAAAUGUCGACACUCCUGAGAACACUGUUUCAGAACCGCCAGCAGAGAAACCUAAGGACAUUGAAACUGCAUCAAGUGCGCCGGCUGAACCUACUGAGCCUGUUCAAGACUUCCAGGAGUCAUCGAAGUCCAAAAAGAAGGCGAAGAAGGACAAGAAAAAGCGGAAGUCGGUUUCUUUCGCAGACGCGGAACCAGAAUCGCAACCUUCUGAGCCCAGCGAUUCUGCGGCCGAUGCAAUCGGCGUCGGUCAGCACGAUGAUGAGCCUGUGCCCAAAGGAGACGCUCAUUCUGAACUGUGCCAAGAUUCCCAUGAUGCGGAGUUAAGUCAGUCUCAGGAGGCUGAGCCUGCUUCGGAGCAGCCCGCUGAAGGAACACCUCUUGAACAAACACUUGAUUUGCCGGAUGAAAGUCAAGCCACUGUUUCAGAUGCCAUUGGUCUUGAAGACGUUGGACAGCACUCAUCCGAACCUAUGGCUGAGGAGAAAAUCGAAGAAUCUGAGGAUCCGGUGACUCUACCGUCAUACGAGGUUGAUGCCGCAGAGAAGACCCCGAAGUCUGAGUCGGUUGAAGAUCCUUCUGGGACUCCCAAGGAAACAGGAAAAGAGGAUGAACCAGCGGCAGACACCAUGGCCACGGGAACAGCGGAACAACUGCAGCCCGAAGGGAGUCCGGAGGCCAAUGAUGCACAACCUUCUGCCACAGAGGCUGAUACUCAGCCUGUGAAUGCAACUGCUGAACAGGACAGUGGCUCUUCUAAGUCCAAGAAGAAAAAGAAGAAGAAAAAGAAAAGCAUGACUACAGAGGCAAACGAAGAUACUGGUGCAGAUGAUGGUCCGAGCGAGCCAGUUACACCAAUUGAUCCCGAUACUCCCGCAGAUCCUGAGCUAUCUACCGAGCCUGAAACCCCAGUCGGACCUCAAACGCCGCUUGAACCUGAGUCUGCAGUUGAACCUGAAACCGUGGUUGAGCCUGAGACGCCUGUCAACGCUACAAUCCCUGCUCUGCAUGACUCUGAGGUAGUUGGUCCACAACCCGAAGAUCCUGAGAAGGAGACCCCUCCCAUGUCAGCCAAAGCGAAGAAGAAGGCAAAGAAAGACAAGAAACGCCAGUCCAAGAGCCUAGCCGAUGCUACAGAGCCUGCUGAUGAGACUCGCCAUUCGAGCGACGCCCAAGUGCCCAGCGAAACGAAGACCGCGGAACAAUCGCUCGAAACGGCAAAUGUACCUGCUGAAGAUGACGGUAAAGACAAUCAGUCCCACGGCACCGAAAACCACGGCGAGAACGAUAAAGAUCUGAUUUGGACUGAUGACAUGGUAUCUCCGCAGGUAGAGCAACAGCAAGCGACUUCUUUCGCUUAUCCACCCCAACUCGAGCAUGAGAAAACCGAAGACGACCCAGUUUCCAUCCCCCCCGAUGAAGUACUUAAACCCGUUGAGCUGGAUGCCAAUAUAUCAAGCCAAAAUGAACAAUUAUCACUCAACGAGCUGGAGGAGUCGGGUGAUGCGCACGAAAAUUCAAAUACGCAGCCCGCUGAAAGUAUGGCCAAGCCAGAUGAUGGAACAGGGCAGACGUCAGUGGAGGAGCAAGGAGAGUUCAGCACCGACCGAAAUGUGGUCGAAGAUGUCUUCACUCAGGAUGUGGUAGAGGAGAAAGAGCAGGCGUCGAUUGGAGAGGGCGCUGGGCAGGAAGAUGAACAGCUUGUCAAAAAGGACGAGUCGCUUGGCGUUAGUCCAGAAAACGAGCUGGCGGACGAGGCUACGGAGAUGCGUGUGGAAGAAGUCAUUCAAGCUCCGGAAAUCACGCAGCAAGGGGAGUCUGUCGAGGGGGCAGCUGAGAUUGAAGAUUCUACGACCAAUGUACCAUCAAAGAAGAAGAGCAAAAAAGAAAAGAAGAAAAAGCGUCAGGCAGAGCAGACAGCCAGCCGGGACGAAACCGAACAGGGUGUGUCAGUCCAGGACAAUGAUCAAGCAAGAGGCACGGCUAUUCCCGACGAGCUACCCGUGGAAACCGCAGCUCCCAGUAUUGAACCCGGCCCUGACGCACCCUUUAUGCCAGCCGGGUCGCCAAUGAGCGAGGAGGAGCCAGCAGUACACGACCUUGAAACAGCCGCUCCUGUUGAGGGUCACGGAGAGGAAGCUGAACACCCAAAUGAUGUUCCAGUUGAAUCUGAGCUUGAUUCAGGAGAUAAGCUUCUUGAUGCUUCUACCAUUGUUCAACCCGAGAAAGACACCCCUGAGGAACAUGCUAUUUCCGAAGGCGUUACACCGGAGGCUGCCGAAGGAGAAGCCGCAGUCGAUGUUUGCGAAACCCCUGCAGAACCAGUUGCGAAGACGAAGAAAAACAAGAAGAAGAAGGGUUCAAGUCAAGUGAAAGGGGUAACUGAACCUCAGGAGGCAGCUGAACCCCGUGUCGAGAGCGAAGCAGUGCCGGGCAAUGAGCUAGUCGACCAACAGGAAGUGACAGAGGCACCUUCCAAACAGGUCUUGGAGCCCACAGAAGACAAGGACAGCUUAGAUGCCGUGCAAGAUGACGCAACGUUGAACGAAGUUGUUGAUGAGCCAGCUACUUCAGCUGACAAGACUCUCGAGCCAGCACCGGAAGAUUUAGGAUUUCCAAUGGAGCCAGAGCAGUCCCCUCAAGGCAACACGGUCAGGGAUGAAGACAAUAACACCUCAUCUGUCGCAGAAGCAACGGCUGCCUUCCCGAGCGAUGUGGCCCAGGAUGAGACAAACAAAGAGGCAGUCCUCACUCCUAAAGAAUCUAAGAAGAAAAAGAAGAAAGCAAAGAAACAGGCCAAGGAUGAGCAAAACAGUCCCACGCUUGCACCAGCUGAAGGCGCCGUUACCGCGGACGAAGGCUUGGUAGGGUUGACAUAUACUCUUGAUACCACCCGCUCCCCUGUCGAAGAACCGAGCAAUGCCCUCCAUGAUAAGCAAUGGGACACUCCCCCCGCGCAGGAUGAUGGAGACAAGGAACAAAACCAGACCUCACAGAUUGAGGAGGAACCAGUCCGCAGCGCAGAAGAAUUUGACGAACACCGGGAAGUGUCUACUGCGGAGAGACAAGGUGUGGUUGUUCAGCAAGAACUAGAGUCGGCCAAUGCAGAACAGGAUACCAAAACACUGACAGAAAAGCAUGAUCUUGCGAAGACCGAAGACCUGUCAGAGAACAUUCCGGAUCAGCCAGAGGCAUCGGCUCGCCUAACGAAGAAGCUAUCCAAGAAGGAACGCAGAAAGGCCAAGCAAAGGGCGGAGCAGGAGCUUGUAGAGUCGGAUAGAGGACAGCAGCCAGAUUUUGACGCUGGUGCUUCAGCGGACCCGAUCCCGGUCCAGGAGCAAGUGACUGAAGUACCAGACGCGCUGGCUGCUGAACAGGCUAAGAUGGACGAUGUCUCUCCAGGAUUACCCUCUGGGGAAGAAGAGAAGCGCCUGGAAAGCCAAACCCUCGAUGUCAAGAACCCAGAAGGUGAGCAACCCCACAAGAAGGAUGCCACCAGUUUUCUACAACAGGAAACUGAGACCCCGGCUUGGGAACAACGCGCACAAGAUGAUGACUCUUGGCCUAUAAUAGACUGGGAGAAAAGCGAAGUCGAUGCUACCGAACGAUCACCCGAUUCCUCACCCGAAGCUCGUGCUGUCCCGUUCGAGCCAGGCAUUGCAGACUUUGAUGAGAACGCAAUCCCGGAAGGGGUGAUCCGACAUCCAAGCGCAUCAACUGCGACAGGGAAAACGACCGCCAGAGCAUUCCAGCAAAUCCGAGGCGACGUACAAGCUACCUCUGAAGCAACUACUGUUCCGCCAAUUUCACCAUCUACCGCACUUGUUAUCGAACACUCCAUCUAUGCAAAGACUAGCAGCGAGUCCCUCGGUUCGGAGUCGCAGAAGCAAAGCAAAGUUGCCAGCAUCUUUCCUGAACUGGAACGGGGAUUUUUCCGUCGACCAGCUCCCGUUGAGCCGUCCGAGUCAGCAAAAGAUGGGGCUGAGGAAGAGACUAUUGACAAGGAAGCAAUUCGCGACAGCGCGAUAGUCUUGGAGGCGCCCAUCAGCACGGCCAACUCCCCUUCGUCGGGGCAGGGCGAUGCCAAAACUGCUACAGAACCUACUCAAGCAGAUGAGUCUACACAGUCGGAGACUGGGUUGCACCCUUCUUCAAACGAGCCUACGAUCGAAGUUGAAGCAGAUACUUCGUACAAUGUUUCUGUGCUUUCGGACGGACCGGAAGAGAAGUCUAGACAAAUUGACAUACGGUGGGAAGAACAGAAGGACAAGGAGUCUCCCAGGGAAGUUGAAGCUGAAACCGCAGAGCCCGGCCCUUUCUCCCACCACGAGGCUCCACUAUACGCCCCAUCGCCCGUGCAUGAGCGACAGUCGGUACUCGUUCGGUCAGGAUCCCCAUCUGGUAGAGAUAUUGGACGAGAAACGUCACGCUCCAGCCCAACUUGUGAGCUACGACGCAGCCCAUCCAUUCACGGUCGACAUAACCAAACGCGGCGGCCGUGGUCAUUGGAGGUCGACCAGAACUCUCAGCCACGUACACCCUCGCCGCAGCCGACAGGGGUGGAUAGAGAGACAGUCUCACCGCCGCGGACACCAUUGCAAACCAUCGAGGAGGACGAGCCAAGGGGUCGGACGGAGCGAUCCACCGGCUCAAGAACCGUGGGUCACGAACGCGGCACGCCCCGUCUGGAGAUGAAGCCCGAACAUGUGCUUCCUCGCCCCGAAACCCCGACCCGGAAGUUUACUGACAAUGCGCUGGCCCGUCAGGCCUGGCCAACGCCGGACAAGGAGACGCCGUUUGACGAAAACACGGAUGUCGAGGUCAAGAAGCGUCGACCUGAGAGUCGAGUGGUGGACGGUAGAUGGCCGGCUGAGGUGCUCAAGACGCCGGAACAAGACAAGCCAAUUCUGCGGCCCACCAGCAGUAGCAUCCGAGGGGUUAAGAGUAUGCACAACAUUACGCCGAACCUCGAGCAGACGCCGACUCCACGAUCGCUGCGACGCAAUCAUCGCACUGCCAGCGGAGAUUUGCGGGCGGCAGCCACCACUCAGGCGCAGGAGACUGACGACCAAUCAGAGCGCAAGCCCCAGCCUCCCGCUUCUUCAACCUCGGACCUCAACCUCGAGCGCAUCGCCUCUUCUUCCUCCUACGACCCUGUCACCGACAAGGGCAAGCGUCCCCUUCGUAAUAUGACGGACGUUUAUGUAAGUACUACUAGUUGA